AUGUCUUUGUGUUCAGUGGAUCUUGUAAACGAAGACAACUGCGUCAACAUGUUAGACGCAGGCGAAAUGAUGCAGCUUGAUGACGUCAAAGAUCUGUGUCAUUGUUAUCUUAAGAAAAGUCUAGUGAUCAACGCCGACAACUGUCUACAUUGGUGGAGACUUAUGAAUCGCUACAAUGUUCCUGAUUUGUCCAACAGAGCAGUCUCGUAUCUGACAAAAAACUUGACCGACUUUAUUGAAACAAAAAACAUUGUUCAUUUGUCAAAGACAGAACUCUUAGAAAUCUUGUCCAAUGAUGAUUUGAAAUGCAAGGAAGAUGUAAUUAUGAAAGAUGUCAUAAAGUGGCUUGAAGCAAAUAACCCGAAUGCAGAUGACGUAAAACGUAUCUUUGAAAUGACGAGAAUGGAUCUUGUUGAUCCACAGUUCCUCAUUCAAAACGUCGUUUUUUCUAAAUUCAUUUCUGAUAAUAACUGUGUGCAGCAAAUAAUAAAAAAUGCGCGGCGUUCAGAAGAUCUGACAACAGGUUGUAACAGCAGAUAUAUAUUUCAUAACAGACGUGUAGAUGUUUUCGUUUUACACUGGCACACUUCACUUCUGUCUUGUUUUACAUCAGAAGGGACAUGGGAAGACGUUCCACCUGCUCCAGUAAAUCCUGGUGCUUGGUAUUCAGCAGCAAGACUAGGUAACAAGAUCUACAUCACUGGUGGUGGCUGUAGAAGAAAAUGUGCACUCGUCUACGACGUCUGUGUGUCUAACCUCAGCUCACGUUUACCAUACAGCUCAAGGUGUCUGAGAGGUUCAGUUCACCUGUCUGACAUAUAUCUGCUGGACAAUUAUGGAAAUGUGAUGAACGUCCAGGUCACUGACAGUGAUGGUGAAAUCAAGAUUCAAGUCAAGUCAACACCAAAAUGGAAGUUAUUUGCCUAUUGGUUUGGUGUAUUAUAUCAGAAUGGAAGCUUGUUGUUCUUCAGUGGCUGGGACAGUAACUGUGAAAUUACAAAAUACAACCUGGCUGAACGGAAAGAACAACAUAUUACUUUCCCAGAAUCACCGAGAAGUGAUACUGUGUUUGGUGUUCUGCCAGUGUAUUAUGAAGCAGCACGUCAAUAA